CUGUGCCUUUCUGGAGGGGACAUUAGCGACUGGUGCAAUGGUCGAUUUUCUAUGCUUCGUGGGCGUGGAAUCUUUCUAGUUCUGAUGUGUCAGCACAGUUGUCUCAUGGCUUCUUGUAUUUUCCUCAUUGUUAAAACAGUUUUGAAAUUGGGGUUACUGUUUUUAUCUUGAGGGGCAGAUGCCAUGGUGCCGUGGCUGUUGCUGCCGCCUCUCAGUGGCCAAGUUGGGUUCACCCACCACCCUUUCCUCUGGACCUCUAAGAAGUCUAAAGCAAAGCCCAACGGAAAGAAGCCUGCUACAGAGGAGAAGAAGAUGUACCUGGAACCAGAGUACACCAAGUCCAGAAUCACUGACGUCGGCUUUAAGGAGCUGGUGGUACUGCCCCGGGAGAUCGACCUGAACGAGUGGCUGGCAAGCAACACCACCACAUUUUUCCACCACGUCAACCUGCAGUACAGCACCAUCUCAGAGUUCUGCACGGGGGAGGCAUGCCAGACGAUGGCCGUGUGCAACACACAGUACUACUGGUACGAUGAGCGGGGAAAGAAGGUCAAGUGCACUGCUCCCCAGUACGUCGAUUUUGUCAUGAGCUCCGUGCAGAAGCUGGUGACCGACGAGGAUGUGUUCCCCACGAAAUAUGGCAGAGAAUUCCCCAGCUCCUUUGAGUCUCUGGUGAAGAAGAUCUGCAAGUACCUGUUCCACGUGCUGGCACACAUCUACUGGUCCCACUUCAAGGAGACCCUGGCCCUUGAGCUCCAUGGACACUUGAACACACUCUAUGUCCACUUCAUCCUCUUCGCCAGGGAGUUCAACUUGCUCGACCCCAAAGAGACCGCCGUCAUGGACGACCUCACGGAGGUGCUGUGCAGCGCUGGGGGCCGUGGCGGGGGUGGGGGCGAUGGGGCCAGCGGCGGGGGCACGGGGGCACAGAACCACGUGAAGGAGAGGUGAGCCCCAGGCUGGACAGGCGUGCACAUGUGCAGAGAGACGGUGGUCCGUGUGCCUGUGUGUGUGCGCACACGUACCGGGCACGCGCGGCGGGAGGUCUGAGAGGUCGCCGCUGCCCCCCCACCUGGCCCGGGCGCGCUAAGUGUGGGCUCUCCAGACGCUGGCAGGCCGUGCGUCGGACUGGCUCCCCGCCGGGCUUUUCCUCUUGGAUGGAUGAGUGCCGCUUGUCAAGAAGGACCUUUGGAUUUCAUUCAUUCGCUCAACAAACGUUUAUGGGCCUGCCAGUCUGAGUUUCCUUCUCCUGUGGGGCUUUCCUUUCUUUGGGCUUCCGCGUGGCCUCUGCCUCCCCUGGGGGCUCUGCUGUGUGGAGAGAAAUAUACCAGUGAGAGCUGGGGCUCCUUCCCAGGAGGGACAUGGGCUCUCGUUGGUUGGUUUCCAGGGUGGGGCUGUUUUAGAGAUUCCUCCCCACCGCCCCGCAGACCUCCCUCUCCUGGCCUGGCUUGGAUCGCCGCUGUUGGCGGCUCAGAGUGGGUGGGAUGGGAGUGUCCCAUCUGGAUGUCCACAGGGGCCUUGACCCUGUGGCCAUGUCCCCCACUCCCCUGCCGCCCACAAGGGCCCCUGGACUAGCUGGGCCUAGGACCGAGGUGCCUGGGCGGGCAGCCUGUGUGGAGACGCAGCUGUUGCCGGAAGGCUGGGUGUCCCUGCUCGGCUCACCUGUUUGGUCGUAAUAAAAAUAAUUCUCUCAGGUCA